AGCAUAUAAAUAGACCGAAGUUCAAUUAAAGGUUCAUAACGGAAAAGAUAACGGAAAAGAUAACUGAAAUUGAUAACAGAAAGAUAAAAGCUAUAAACCGAAUAACAGUCUUAGAAAUGAAAGAUAAAGGUAUUAAGAUGAAUGAAGAUCUAAAUCCAACAUUUGCUCAGAGGCUCUUGAUAUAUAUAACUGUUAAACAAAAAACGUGACAAAAAUCGAAAAUUUCUUCACUGAUGCUGUUGUGUGACUGGACUUAAUUAUAACGCGUAAAAUCUUUAACUUCCGUUUGGUGUUGUAAAAUGACUACUAUCUGUCAAAGAAAGCACUCAAUAAACAGAAAGGAAACUGCUCGAAGAAACCUGCUCGAUUCUAUAAAUACUAGAAACAGGGACAUAAAAUGUUGUUUAAAAAUAUUGCAAACUGAACGCAAGAAUAAUGAAUUACAAUUUCCGCGCUUUAAUAACUCGAGGGAUAAUAUUCUAAAAACUUGGAAACAUAGUAACGACAGAAAUAGCAAUGGACAUAAAAGUUCAAAGUAUAAACCUACACUUAGUCCUGUCUCCGUUAAUAGUGCGACUACAGCCGGAUGUAACUCUAGUGUAAACGGAAAGGACACAUUAGGAUUAACACGAAGGUCUUGCAGCCGAAAUAUCAGUCUUCAGGGAAUCAUCAUGGAAUUCAAUCUGGAAACAAAUAUGGCCAUUGGUCGUGACAGUUUCGGUAUGAAGUCACCAUUUUCAUUGGCGGAUAUUUAUGAAGAGGAUAGAGCGUCUGGUACACCAUACGAGGUGAACUUCAGUCAAAGCAGAUUUCAGAAGCUAAACCCGUGUCAUUCCCGUUACAGACCGGUUACUCCUGGACUUUUGGAAACAAUGAACGACCGCAAAUUACCAUCAAAAGUAAAAACUGAGCAGUGGGUGACGUCAUCACAGAAUUUACACCGAUAUCACGCCUAUAGAACAGAACAUAUUGAUAAUAAAAACUGGAUUUACGAUGACUAGUUUCAGUUUUAGUAGCAUAAUUAUUGACAUAUAAUAUUUAUUAUUUAGUUAAUAUGAUUAUUACUUUUCAUGUUUUACCCUCACGUUUCAUAAUAUAACUUGGGUAGAAUAAAAUGAAUGUGGAGGUCCAUGGUGUUACGAUAUCACAAAUUUACUGAAUUUUUAAUAUUACUUGAUAAGAUGACAAAAUUACGUUACAAUGAUAUUAAAAAUGUUCUAGUGUAAUGUAAUCUGAAAGUGCGAAAUGUUAAAGGCACAUUAUGCCUUGGAUUUUUAAAAACAUUCUUUGGAAAUGCCAAACAUGUGUUUAAUAAUGUUUUAAUAAUGGAUUAAGAACAUGUUAGAUAUCAAACAACCGAACAAUUGCGCUGAACAUGCAAUGAAAUGUUGUAAUGGUAGCAAAAUGAAAACCAAGUGUUUUUUGACUUCCAUAGAAAAUACUAAUUCACUAAAUAUACCAUUUGCCAACAGAGGAAAAUAAGCAAACUAUUAUUUAUGUUUAUAGCAAAUGAGUUCUGUUCUGGAAACUAUGACAAGAUACCAAAGAUAGAGAGUUUUUGAGAAAUAAAAGUUAUUGCAUUUCCAAGGCAUAAUGGGCCUUUAAGUUGUAUAAAUCAUCAUUUUCAUAUACCGCUGCUUUUCAUUGGAUAAUCGUGACGACGAUAUGGCUGCUGUUA